CGCGCUCAAGCUUAACAUCUCAUGUAACUUGACUCAGAAUCGAGUUACUUAGUUGAUAUUCUGAAACCAAAAACCCGGAGUAUUACAGAGCUGGGUAGGUCUAUUCAGAGUACCUUCUACUCAGAGCUUGUUAACCCUGCUUUCUGAAACGGGGCCCGGGGCAUAUUGUUGUUUUUAUACAGUGGACAGCAAUGGUCCUAGAAAACUACCUAGACGUAUAGGUAGUUUUCUAGGACCAUUGCUGAGUAGAGAAUUACGCUAGCACCUAGCUAGCUAGACAGUAACUACCUGCGGACUACACUUCCCACAUUCCCCUGCUGGACCGUCCUCUCCCAAAACGUUGCUGUGUGAGUUCUGGUCGGAUUGAUUUAGCCAUCCGGAUCAUCAUGGAGGUGACUGCGGCGCGUCGCUCGUUUCUUUGCGACAUUGGUUCCUGGGCAGACCGUACGGUGUUGCAUGAAGCCGCGUCCCAGGGCCGGGCCCUCCAGUUGAAGCAGCUCAUAGAGAGCGGAGCCUCUGUCAACACCGUGACCACGGAUAACAUCACACCGCUCCACGAAGCCUGCAUUCAGGCCCGUCCCAACUGCGCCCGCCUCCUGCUGGAGGCCGGAGCUCAGGUAGACAUCCGGACCAUCCAUGGCAGCACGCCUCUCUGCAACGCCUGUGCUGCUGGCAGCCUGGAGUGUGCCCGGCUGCUCUUAGAGUAUGGUGCCUCAGUGAACCCAUCGCUCACGGCUCUGACUGCAUCUCCGCUCCAUGAGGCCUGCAUCCAGGGUAAUGCUGAGGUGGUGAAGCUGAUGAUAACCAGCGGCGCCAAGCUGGAAGCCUUUGAUGUCCACUUCGGUCCUCCGCUUCACAUAGCGUGUGUUAAAGGUCAAGUGGAGUGUGUCAAGGUGCUGCUGAAAGCAGGUGCCAAUGUGAAUUCAGUGAAUUUUCAUGAGACGGCUUUGCACCACGCCGCUCGAUCCCACAUAGUGGACAUGAUCGAGCUGUUGGUGGAAUUUGGAGCCAACGUGUACGCCAGUGACAACCUCGGAAAGAAGCCAUUCGACUACACGAUGCCGGCCUCUCCCUCUUACGCCUGCCUCCAGUUUUAUGAAAGUAAUCCUCUGAACCUUCAGCAGCUCUGCAGGAUUGUGUUGAGGAGGAUGCUGAGUACCAACGCCUCAGAGGUCAUGGACCAGCUGAACAUCUCUCGACGCAUCUACGACUACCUCCAGUUCUCCGACAACUGCUGAAUCUCUCCUACCCUCUGAAAGUCUUAAAAAGAAAUUGUCUUAAAUAACUGUAUUGUGUUAUGUACAUUUAUUGGGAUUCUUGUUAAAGACGUGUGACAAAAGAAACUUAAUAUAAAUGCACCAUUUAUAUCAAUAUUUCUCUCUCUAGAAACAUUUUUAAAGACUCAAAAUUUUAAUCAAAUUUAAUCAUUGGGUGAGACAAUUAAAAAAAAUGUUCUGAA